GCGGGCUCUUCAAUGCAUUAGCGCACGUGACCCUCCUCAGUAGUUCCCAGGCGGUCAGAUCGGUGAGCCGGAGACUAUGGAUCAGCGGGUCGGGUUGUUCAUUCUUCUGGCGGCAGGCCUCCUCUGCCUCUCUUUGGCCCCCGUGUCCCGGGCUGAGGACCUUGUUGAAGACAUUGUAGGUGACGACAUGGACAUGGACGUGGAGGACGAGAUGGAUCUGGAUUUGGCCGGAGCCGAAGAUGAAGAUGAGGAGCUGGAGAGGGAUGUCCAGGAAGAGGCCCCGUCCGCCCCUAAAACCCCUCCUGCACCAAAGGUGACCUACAAAGCUCCAGAGCCGAUGGGGGAACAUUACAUCGCCGAGUCUUUUGACAGGGGGACUCUUGACGGCUGGGUGCUGUCCAGUGCAAAGAAGGAGGACGCUGAUGAAGACAUUGCUAAAUAUGAUGGUAAAUGGGCGGUGGAGGAGAUGAAGGACGGCAAGCUCCCCGGUGAUAAAGGUCUGGUCCUGAAAUCUCGGGCCAAACAUCACGCCAUCUCCGCCCAGCUGCUGAGACCAUUUACCUUCGACUCCAAGCCGCUCAUCGUCCAGUACGAGGUGAACUUCCAGUCAGGCAUCGACUGCGGCGGCGCCUACGUGAAGCUGCUGACUCAGACUCCUGACCUCGACCUGGAUCACUUUGUGGAUAAAACUCCGUACACCAUCAUGUUUGGACCCGACAAAUGUGGAGAGGAUUACAAACUUCACUUCAUCUUCAGACACAAAAACCCCAAAACAGGAGAGUUUGAGGAGAAACACGCUAAGAAACCAGACGCUGACCUGCGGACAUACUUCACAGACAAGAAAACACACCUGUACACACUCGUGGUGAAUCCUGAUAACACUUUUGAGGUGCUGGUGGAUCAGACUGUGGUGAACAGCGGCAGCCUGCUGUCAGACGUUUCCCCCCCUGUGAAUCCCCCCGCUGAGAUCGAGGACCCCGAUGACCAGAAACCAGAGGACUGGGACGAGAGACCAAAGAUCCAGGACCCUACCGCCACCAAGCCUGAAGACUGGGACGAGGACGCUCCCGCUCAGAUUCCUGACGAAGAUGCCGUGAAACCAGACGGCUGGUUGGACAAUGAGCCCGAGUACAUCGGCGACCCUGACGCCGUCAAACCUGAAGACUGGGAUGAGGACAUGGACGGAGAGUGGGAGGCUCCUCAGAUCCCUAACCCCGCCUGUGAGACCGCCCCCGGCUGUGGCGAAUGGAAACGACCCAUGAUCGACAACCCUAACUACAAGGGCAAGUGGAAGCCUCCCAUGAUCGACAACCCCAACUACCAGGGCGUGUGGAAGCCCAGGAAGAUCCCCAACCCGGCGUUCUUCGAGGACCUGCAGCCAUUCAGGAUGACUCCGUUCAGCGCCAUUGGCCUCGAGCUCUGGUCCAUGACUUCCGACAUCUUCUUUGACAACUUCUUCAUCACUGAUGAUCGCAACACGGCCGACCGAUGGGCUGGAGACAGCUGGGGGCUGAAGAAGGCUGCAGAGGGCGCUGCCGAGCCCGGGUUGGCCACGCAGAUGCUGAACGCUGCAGAGGAGCGCCCAUGGCUCUGGAUCGUCUACGUCCUGACUGUUGCUCUGCCGCUCGUCCUCAUCAUCGUCUUCUGCUGCACUGGAAAGAAGAAGACUCCAGCAACGCCGGCAGCUGAGUACAAGAAAACUGACGAACCUCAGCCUGACGUGAAGGAAGAGGAGGAAGAAGAAAAGGAAGAAGAAGAGGAGGAAGAGGAGGAGAAGGCUGAAGAGGCAGAGAAGAGCAGUCCAGCUGCAGAAGAGAAGAGUGACGGAGAGGAAAGUCCUGCAGAGAAAGAAGAAGAGGAAGCCGAGAAGGACGAAGAGAAGGAGGCGACAGCUGACGAUAAGUCGGAGGACGACGUUCUGCGGAGAUCCCCCAGGAACAGGAAGGUCAGAAGGGACUGAUAUCUCUGACACCCUGAACACCUCCCCCCUCUCCCCCCUCUAGAUUAUCUCCCCCCCCCGCCCCCCCCUCCUCUUGUCCUCCUCUGCUCCGAGGCAGUGAGCCUGAAUGAACCUGUUUGAAGCAGUGAAGCCAGCAGGAAACAAAUCAAGACCUCCGAUAUGGACGCCUGAUGAAGAUGAUUCCAGUAUGAACAGGACUGAGUUAGUUCGGUUUAUUAAAAGGAUUUUUGUUUCUGAAAGAGAUUAACUAAAACUUCCUGCAUCAUUCCUUUACAACACCAGAGCAGACUCGAACCCACAGGACGUCCCAUCCUGUCUGACGCACAUGCGCCAUCCUGAGCUAGCAAUGCCCUGCCCAGUCAACAGCCUGCUAACUAACUCUCUGCUACAUGCUAAUAAGUUCCCUGACAGAUGGAUAAAACCGGCUCGUUUUCCUACAAUCUGAUGUAGCCUCUGUUAGCUAAUACAGAUUGCUAAUUAGCUUUUUUGAUUUAGCCAUGAGCAGAUAGCAUUAACCUCAGAUAACCGGGGAAUUAACCAGCCAGUCAGCUGGCCAGGAUAACCACAAACACUGAGAAAGUCUGGUUAAAUAGCCUGUUUAGUAAGACAGUUCAAACCCUCCUAAACAGAACGACUAUUAGCAGCAACUAGCUUGCCAGUUUUAGGCUCCUGGUUUCUACUAUCAGUGAGGGUGCUAACUAGGCUACCUGCAGUCAUAAUUAUCCAGCAACCAACCAACAAAAUCUGCCAGAUAUCCUACCAGUGGAAGGUUGGUUAGCGAGCAGAUUUUGUUACAAACUUUACAAAAAUUUGUUUUUCCAGGCUAGCAACUAGCCAUUUAGCGUAAUAAGGACAGUGCACCUCCCUCUUUCACUGUUCUAGCUUUGGGCUAAAAUUCCCCUGUGAGGAGCGCUGACAUAUCUUUGAGUUUGUAAUUUGGAGCUGACUUAAAAACAUAACAUGUAGCUCUGCUAACAGCCAGUGCAUCAAUUCAACCAUGUGAGAAUAAAUAUCUUUGUACGUUUGCCACGUUCUUCAGAAAUGUUGUCUUUGGACAGGCUAAUCUGAGGUAGCCGCUAAAGUUAGCGUCUCUAUUUUUAAGUAAGCAGAGCUUGAUUUAGGCUAACAGCAGCUGCUAACUAUCAUGAAUGAUUAAUAUUCCAACACUAGCUUUCUUGGAGUCUUAAGAGCCUCAAACUAGAAAGCCUGAGGAAAAUACUUGCCAGAAAUGUGGCUAAUUAGCCCAUGAAAUCUUGGUAGUAAUUUUGCUACGUAGCAAAAUGUCAUCUACCUUUGACUCUUGUAAGUCCGCUAUACACUCUCUAAUGCUAACCUUGUGGGAAGCGUUGUCCUUUACUUUUCUUGCUAAGCGGUUAAUCUCCUAAAAGGUUGGCGAAAUAGCUCAGAAAGUCUGUCCUCACUUUUCUGCUAUAAAACGGCUAUAAUAGAAGGUCAGUGUAUUUUACUGCUGAUGCAGUUUUGUUUAGAAAGGAGAAAUCUAAAACUAAGACCUGUUUAAAGCAGCGGUUCUCAACUGACAGGUCAGGACCCAAAAGUGGGUCAUGGAGCUGUUUUCAAUGGGUCGCGACAAGGUGUCUGGAAAAAAUGGUUGUAAAAUUCCUGAAGUCCUUAUUGGACAUACCAUUUAUUUUACCCAUUUUACUAUGAAACUGGGUAACUUUAAAUGUGUGAUCAAUAUUUCAACUAAUUUACCUCCUCCUUUGGAAAUAAAUGGCUACUUUUCCCAUGAUAAUGAAGUAAUUCAACAAGUUCUCUGGAAAACACACAGCAAUUGACACAUAAUGAUGGGGAAAGAAUUUGUCAGUUUUGUCCCUUUUCUUGUUUAUACCAGGUGUUUUGGUCCAGUUAUGCUGCAAACGACAUCAAAUUUGAUUAACUAAACUGUCCUAAGACAGACUGGUGGGUCCUGAGGUUGGACCAGUUGAGAACCACCAGCUUAAAGAUAUGAAAUAAAGGCUGAAUAUCCUGCCCUCGUUCUGUCAGGCAGAAAUGAGAAUCAAAAAAAUGAAACUAAUUUUGUUUUCUGCUUUUUUGGUUCCUGUUGUUUUUUUUUGUUUUUUUUUCCAAAAAGAAAUGAAUGAGGUUGUUACAUCACCAGUGUUCGAUCUUCCUUUUUUAUCCAAAAACAACGAGCUGAAAAACAGUUUUUCACUUUUACAUUUCUUUUUAGAAAACAAAAUGUUUUUCUUGAUUCUGAUUUUAAUGUGAACUUCCUGAAGGAGCCGAGGGCGGGAAUUCUGCAUUUGUCUUUCGUAUUUUGAACCGUAAACAGCUAAUCUCAUGGUUUUAGAUUUGUCAUUUCAAAUAUAAAAAUCUGUAAACUACACUGACCCUCUGAUUUCACUCCAGUCUGCCAACAUGCUGAUCAACAUCCAAACAUUUGGGAUCCUGGUGGACGUUUUCUUUAAAGGGCUAAGUGAUAAACCUCCCAUGUGGUCGUCGUUCUGAGACGCUAAACUGCUAACUAGUGUAACACCAGGCUGCUACCAGGCCCACAAACCAUUAACAACUAGCUAAUUAGAAGAAGCUAAUUCACAUACUAACAGUUUUCUCUCCUUUUUAUACUUUACAAACUAGCCAGCUAGCUAGCAAGCAUCCUAAAGUAGCCAUGGAUUUAGGGAUUAGCCUCAUGCUAACGUUUUAAAGAGAUGAACUGGGAACACUCUAGCUGAUAACACAUUUUCUUUGUUUUCCAUUUUUGUAAUUUAAGUGUUAAACAGUUAGCUUCAUGUUAGCGAUGCUGGAUGAGUGUUUCUACUGAGCUUUUGUCCUGAUGGUGGCAGAAGAGAGCGUUAGAGCUAAAACAGCUAGAGGAGAGUUUCAGGCAUUUGUUAAUGGUGAUAGUUUCUUUUUCCCUGUUUCUCCAUCAGAGGUUUGGUGUCAUGGCGGCCAUGGCCGGCAGCAGCAGAAGCUUUUAUGCAAACGUUAAAAUGAUUUCUUUGGAAAAUAAGGUUAACACUAAAGACAUUCGAGGACUUUACCUCCUUUGCAUUUUGAAUUCUCGGCAUCAUCUCAUUUACGUCUGACCAAAAGUGACGGCGGCUCAUCCUCCCUACAGCUUCACUUCCUGUCGAAGUUUGUUUCCUGAGUUUAGCUUCCGUCGUCUUUAUUCAGACUCCGUACUCAUGGCGUCAGCAGGCGGACGGACACCCAGUCCCUCUUUCAUCGACCCCAUAUGAAAAGAAAAAGGCACUAAGGGAAAAACUCAGGCGCUUAACCUCUCAACUGUCCACCUGCUACACCGCAACGCCUCCACCAAUCAGAUGCUUGGAUCCUGAAUCCAUUAAACCCCCAUGUUUAAAAGAGAUGGCACUUGAGCGUCUGCGUUCAUUCUUAACCUUUUAAAUAUAUUUGUCGGUCUGAUUAUGAGCUAUUCCUUAGCUUUGAACCACAUCACAGAUCUCAGUCAUGAACCUGAGACGUUUUCUAUUUUUCUGAAAUGGUCAAGACAGGGACGGCGAGAUGCUGCUGGAAUCUCUGAGAAGGCUAAGAAAUAGGAUCUCGAGUUAAGAUGGAAAAAAUUCACAGUUAAGGCAGUUUUAAAUGCUGGAGAUUCCCAAAAUGUUGGGUUUUGUUUCUCACAUCAUCCCCGUGGGGAAACGUUCAUGCCUAAAACUUCUGCAUGUCCGUAUAAUUACGGCUAAUACUGUCAAAAAUAGACAAUGCAUUUUAAAGUACAUUAAUAGUAGUGAUUGUUGGUGUUUUCAUGAUUAACUACAGGUAAAAUCUCAGCCUGAUUUUCACUGUCAUCUGCUGCUGCUGCCGGGUAAAGCCUCAUCUCCUUUAGCCGUUUACACACCGGACCAGUUUUAAAAACAUGGAAGACCACUGACAUAAGGACAGUUUAGUUUAUUUUUAGCGUGGCAAUCCUCUGAAAAUGUUUGACAAAAGGAGGAAAAAUGGCUGCUCUCAACUCUAGGGUUAUCAUAAUACCAGAAUGGUGAACUUCCAUAUGAUUCUGCUUAAAUCAAACCAUUUUGGUACCUUGAUACGACAGCAGAAGUCCUCAGCACCAAAUACUGGGAACUUUGUUGUUUUUAUUUCCAAGCAAACUCCCAACGCAUUGGUGCCAAAACAUCGCCAUGUUUGUACAAUCUAGCCUGGCUGCACGCUGGAGGAUUUUCUAAACUGAGCAGAUCUUAAUAACUGUGGGAGACCACAGCUGUGAGGAGAGUUUCAGCUAAAUUUUAACAUUAUAAUCCUCUGAAUGCACAGACUAGACCAUGAGAACAGCUGUGUUCUGAUUCCACAGACGAGAUCUCACAGAAACUGAGGACCAAAUGUGACUACAGAUAAAGUCUGAUACUGCCUGAUCUGGAAUCUUUAGAAAACAGUCUGAUAUUAAUGUUUUCAGAUCAGUGAGGCUCUGACUCCAAUUAGGAGCAGUAAAAUCAGACUGAUGCCACAGUCGAGGAUUAUUUAAACCAAGAAUCAGUAGCGUCACGUGUAGCUGGUCUGAAUUGCAGGUAUGUUUUAGUGAUUUUUGGCCUUUUAUUUCUCUAGUGCUGCCAUCAGGACAAAUGUUAAUUUUCUUACUUCUGUUGAAUUCUCUGAAGGAUUUUAUGAUCAUUGUGAAACACAAGAUAAAAAUCUGAGUUUCCCUCAUCUUGGCUUUAAAAUCUGAAUUAAUGGGCUCUUUGUUCUUAUCAGUAAAACCAUGAAAGGAUCAGAAUACUGAGGGCUGAAUGCACCGUGUGGAGAGUUGAUGUAAUAUCUGAAAUAAAACCUGGUUCUGUGAGUCUGAAAUGUGUGAUAAAAUCAGAUUAUGUGUAUCAGUGUGCUCCUGUAUCCUGUUAAUGUCCGUUUUUGUCCUGAUGUCUCAUAUGUACGUUUGCAAGCUGUUAAACAUCUGUUAAACGUUUUUCUCUGUUGGGUGAGGAUUGGCUCUCUUCCUGACGAUAACGGGAGCUCUGCUGUGAUUGGCUGAUGGGUUUUGGCGGGGGUCAAGUGGAAUAUUUGGCUGUGGGUGUGUUCAGAUCUGGGCCUUCUUGCUUCCAUGUUUAACCCUUUUUUUCCCCUCUCUUAGAUGAAGCUUGUAAAGUUUUGGCUGCUGCUUCUAGAUGAUUUUGUGCUUCAGUUGCUCUAAAGUUGAAGUUUAGGUUUGUUUUAAAGCGGCAGCGUUACAUUCCCAUCGAGGAUUUUUCAGCCAACCCUUCGUCUUCCUACUUUUUUAGUUAUUUUUCUCAUCUCGGCCUGUGCGUCGGAUCGAAGCUGCCUAGCUAACAGACUCCGUAGACUGAACACUGUAUCUGCUGGUGAAAUUUUACACGAUUCUGUAACUCUAUUUUUUAUUCUUGUUUGUGUUUGAACUAAGUGUAAUGGUUGGCCCAGCCUGUUUCUGAUGUACACACGAUGUAGGGAGGUGGACCUGCUGAGAUAAUGGUCCAACGCUGACUGGACAAACUGUGACGAUGGAGCCCGACCUGUGUGUGGUUGUAGACAUGCAGUCGACGUUUGUUUUGAUGAAUAAAAAGGCCAAAUGGAAAAGCA